AUGCGCCCAGAAACGGGGCGGAAAGGCCCCGCGGGAAAGGUGCUGCAGGCGGUUGCCAGGAUCCUGAGAGGAGGCCUCCAUGUGCGUGGGGUCGACGCGAGGCCCGCCGCGGAGCGGGUAAAAGGUCACGGACCAGGAGGACGAGGUGGACCGCUGCGCCUCAAGGAGCCCACGUGGGCUACACGCAGCGCCAGGGAGGAACGGACCCUGGGGGUGGGGUGUGAAGCGGGUCACGUAGGCGGGGCGGGGGCGGGGCGUGUGGGGCGAAGGUCUGUUGAGGAAGAGGAAGAUCCUCUCCCCCAUACUGAAGUCCAAGCCCCUGCAAGGAAUCUGCAUCCAGAGAUUUCCUGGACAGAGGCUUCAGACGUGGAGAAAACCUUCUCCACUGAGACAAGGCCUUCAGAUCUGGGGCCAGACCUCCAGGAUUGGGAUCACAGGGCCCUAACAACCUCGCCAGCAUCAGCCUGAGCUAGAGAGGUCCAGGCUUCAGAGACCUGAGUCGCAAAGGCUCAGGCCUGGGAGACCCAUGCUUUGAAGGCUCGGGCCUGAGGUGUUCAACAACCAAAGCCCUUGAAAACUAGGGAGUUUUCAACUAUGACAGUCCUGAAACAGAAACCCUCGGAAGUGGUGGGAAAGUUGAAAAGACAGUGAAAUAUUUGUCCCGGUCCACUCUGGUCCAGCAAGCUUGAGUACAUCCUGGCCCAGAUGAGCUGCUUGAUGUUUCCAUCUAGCCUCUGGUGCUUUGUCAUACUGUGGAUUUACAAAGGAGGCUGCGGCUUCUUCAUCGUGGACCUCCUCAUGCUGCUCUUUAGCAUUCUGCUAAUCUUCCUCCAGCUGGCCAUCGGUCAGAGGGCGCAGCAGGCUGGCAUAAAUGUGUGGAAGACCCUGGUCCCCCGAGUUGGUGGAAUAGGGUACAGCAUCUUCAUGGUGAGCUCCAUCAUCAGCACAUAUUUGAGUGUGCUGAACUCCUGAAUCUUCUACAUGAGCUACAUGUUCCACUUCAUUGUUCCCUGGGAGAAAUGCCCCUCACUGAGGAAUUCCAGUGACUUUGAUCCCCUGUGUGAGCUGGCAACACCUUCAAUGUACCAGCAGACCUUGAAAGCCUCAGAUGGAAUUGAGGAUGGAGGGUCACCAGUUGUCAGUCUGGUCAUGCCCCUCUUUCUGUCCUGGUGUCUGGUCUGUGCUUUCAUGAUCAACGGGAUCAAGUCCAUCGGGAAGAUUCUGUAUGUACUGAUACCGCUGCCCCACUUCAUCAUCCUCUGUUUCCUCAUUGCUGAGAACAGACUGCAAUGCCAAUGCCAACUUUCAAACAGGAUCAGGACUUGGAACCCCAUGGACCAGUCCCUUGAAAGAUGUCCUGUGACAGGAGAUGAAGAGCCCUCGGAGGAAGAGCCCCAGAACAAAGAGCUCACUGAGGGACAGCACAUAUCCAGCAACAUGUUUCAUACUGACACGUCCCUGUCCUGGGGCUUCAAGACCAAAGAGGUGCGCAUCACCAAGCUCCCAGACCACUUCCAGUCUAAAAGGACAGAGAACUUCCUGAUUCUGGUGGCCUUCUCCAUUGGGCUGGGCAGCAUGUGGCGAUUCCCAUAUCUGUGCCACAAGAAUGGAGGAGGCAGCUUCCUGUUGAUAUACUUCAUCCUGCUGCUGCUCCUGGGCAUUCCCCUCUUGUACAUGGAGAUGGUCAUAGGACAGUGGCUGCACAUGGACAACAUCCAGGCCUGGAAGCAUCUGGUCCCCUGGCUGGGCGGCCUGGGCUAUGCCAGCAUACUGGCCUGCAUCUUGGUGAGUUUGUACAAUAGCACCCUGGUCUCUUGGAGCCUCUACUACCUGGGCCACUCCGUCAUCUAUCCCCCACCCUGGGAACACUGUCCCCUGGUAAAGAACAUCACUAUGGCAGACCUCUCCUGCCUUCAGACUGUGUCCCACCAGUAUUUCUGGUACCACACCACCCUGUGAGCUUCGGCCCGACUGGAGGAAGGGAUCGAGAUGCUGGUCUUGAACCUCAGCCUGUGCCUCCUUGUGGCCUGGAUCUUCCUCUACAUAACCACGAUCUCUAGGAUGAAGAUUCCAGCACUAAUGCUGAUCUUCACCAUAGUCUUCCUCUACGUCAUCCUCCUCUGCUUCUUCAUCCGCAGUCUCUUUCUGGAAGGUGCAGUGGACAGCCUCAGGAGCUUGGUGACCACAGAGGUCUCCAUCCUGAAAUCGCCCGACACGUGGCGUCAGGCCGGAGGCCAUGUGCUCUAUUCCUUGGGUCUAGGCAUGGGCACCAUCAUCACUUUCUCCUCCUACCACUUGAGAGGUGACACCCCUGUCAAGUCAGCCUCCUUCCUGGCCGUGGUCAACCUGGCGACUUCAGUGCUGACCACGUCCAUCACAUUCCUGGUGUUGAGGUUCUGGGUUGCAACCAGCGGAUCCACCUGCGUUGAGAAGAAUGUCUCCAAUUUGAUUGAGAAGAUAUCGGAGGGCAUGCUGCCCCAGGAGGCCUGGCCUCCCCAAGGCAUCGUGGGCAGACCCCCGGAGGACUACCUGGACUGGAUCAUCCAGCUCCCCAGGCACCUCCAGGAGGAGGUCUUCCAUGGCUCCCUGCCCUGCAGCAUCCUGGUACAGAAGGAAAAGUUCAUGGAGGGCCCUGGCCUUGUGUACGUGGUCUUCUCUCAAGGUCUGUUUCCCGGUUCCUCUUUCUGGGCCAUCAUGUUCUUCCUCGCUCUGGUCAUUAUUGAAUUGGGUACCAUGAUUGUUCUCCUGGAGGGCAUCGUGCUUCCCCUGCAGAACUGCAUCCCCAUCUUCUCAAAUCAUCCCAAGCUGGUCUCAGUGGUCGUCUGUUUGGGAGGACUUCUGGGCAGUCUUGUCUUCACCAGCCACCCCGGCAGCUAUGUGGUACUCCUGUUUGAUGACCACCUGGUUCCCAUGGUCCUGGCCAUUAUUGUGGUGUUCCAGAACUUGUCUUUGACUUGGAUCUAUGGAAUCAGGAGGUUUGGGGCUGAGAUGUUCUGCCAUCUGUGGACGCCCUUCACCUUACUGUGGAGUUUCAUGUCAUUGCCCGUGCUGCUGGCUCUGCUCAUCCUCUGCUUCCUGAAUCUCUACUACAAGGACUAUUACAUCUCCUGGAAUGAUGACACGAGCCAGGAAAUGAAGCAGCCUUACCUAAACACAGACCUGGGCUGGGUCGCCUUCCUCAGCAUCCUGGUCCUGCUGCCCAUCCCCAUCCACCUGCUGCAGCACUGGUGGUACUUGGAGGACAGCACCCACUCUGACCUUUUAGAAAAGCCUCUGUCCUCCAGAAAGAUGACCAUGGGGCCUAAUAAGGACUUCCAGCGGCCUCUGUCCACCAGAAGGAGAACCACCUCAAGCCAGGAAAAAGGCACAAGCUCACUCCCAGCAAGCAAGAGUCCCCAGGAGGCGUUCCUGGGGCCAGAAAACCUGUUAAGGAGGGACUCUGACAGCUACCCCAGCUUCAGCCUGCCUGGUGGGCCCAUUCCCCUGACCACUCUCUGA